GUCUUCGUUGGGAUGACUAGGGUCGUGCGAUGGUAAAAAAACCCUGCUACAUCCUCCUCUGUCCGUUCUUCCACCUUACCACUUUUUAUCAUCUCUCCCUCGAGGUCUUGUCACUCGAUCCUCCACAGUCCUCGACAUAUUAUCACUCGAAACCUCGCUGGACAACCAACGACUAGUCACGCCAUCUAUCAUGAACACGACCACUUCUACUCUCAACAACAACAAGAUCGAGGAAAGCCAGAUGAUGGCGACCUCCGCUUUCUCCCUCGACAUGCACCGCUUCUUGCGAGAGCUCAACACAUCUGUCCUUCCAACGGGCGCUAGCCUUCCCGGACAACCAGCCAUGCCAUCUAUCAAGGACAUCCUCACUCUCGUUGGCCCCGACAUAUCCCACGAAACCCUCAUGACCGCGCACUCCGCCUUCUCGUCCUCCAUGCACAACUUCCUCCGCGACCUCAACACCCCCUCCCCCAUGGCGAAACCCCGCCCGAGCUCCACCCCAGCUCCAAGUUUCUCCCUUCUCAUGGACUCAUGGACUCAGUGGUCGGCAUCUCCCCUGAGAGCCCAGGGUGUUGGUUUACAGAACACAUGAACCACCUCUCCCAAGUCUUCUGGCGUCCCCGCGAUCCGGAGGCGGUUUUGACUCCAGGGCACG